GGGGAUGAAGCCACCAGUAACUAAAAUACAGGAAAUUCUAGUCUCCGGUGAUAAAUAAGAGUCGCAACAGCACAGGAUGCGUGCAGGGCAGCUCCUUGGGCCAAAAGGAUCUGAAAGGCAAACAGCUUCUGCUCUUUUGUUCUAACAUCUGAUGUGUGUCCCCUGCAGGUCCCAUCUGUGCAUCUGGUGCCUGGGACAGCAACAGCACCGAUCCUGCCGCUCUCUGCCAGACCAGACCAAAGCAACCAUGGGAAUUGCCCUUUUCUUCCUAGGCCAGGCAUUGCUUUGGGGGGUGCCCUCGUGGGCGAGUGAGGAGGCAGAGGCCCUGUGCGCCCAGACUGCCUGCUACACCGUCCACUGGGGCAAGCACAAUUGGGCGGAUGCCCAGGAGAACUGCAAGAGCAACGGAGGCAACCUGGUGACCAUGAAGAGCCAGGAAGAGACCUUGCAUGUCCAGGAUCUGCUAGCCAAGCUGCCCAGGAGGGAAGCUGGGCCAGACGGGCAGGCGAGGCUUUGGAUCGGGCUCCAUCGGGAGAAGGGCAAGUGUUACCAGCAGCACCAGCUCCUCAAGGGCUUCAGCUGGGCCUCCGGCGGGGAGGAGACCGACUACACCGGCUGGCUGCGGGAGCCCCGGGAGACUUGCACGAGCAGGCGCUGCGUGAGCCUGCACUGGAACAGCACCGCCCCCAGCUCCCCCGGGCUGGGCUGGGCCGACGGGCCCUGCAGCGGCUCCUCCGCCCGGGUCCAGGGCUACCUCUGCAAGUUCAGCUUCCAGGGCAUGUGCCGCCAGCUGGCGCUGGCCGGGCCCGGCAGCGUCACCUACACCACCCCCUUCGGCCUGAACAGCGCCUCCCUGGCGGCCGUGCCCUUCGGCUCCCUGGCCGCCGUGUCGUGCCAGGGCCAGGCGCCGGGGCCCUUCCUGCUGUGCACGGCGCAGGAGGGCGGCGGGUUCGCGUGGAACAGCCCGGGCCCGCUGUGCGCCUCGCCCCGCCACGGCUGCGCCUACAGCAACGGGGGCUGCCAGCACCAGUGCCUGGAGCUGGCCGGCGGCUCGUUCCGCUGCGCCUGCCGCCCGGGCUACCGGCUGGGCGGGGACCUGCUCUCCUGCUCGCCCGUGGACUACUGCAGCGCCCAGCCGUGCCAGGGGCAGUGCCUGGGCCGGCCGGGGGGCUUCGAGUGCCGCUGCCCCGCGGGCUACGCGCUGGCCGGGGACGGGGUGAGCUGCGGGGACGUGGACGAGUGCCUGGGGGAGCCCUGCCAGGGCGGCUGCCUCAACACGGCGGGGGGCUUCGCCUGCACCUGCCCGCCGGGCUACGAGCCCGCGGGGCCCGGCGGCCGCCAGUGCCGGGACUUGGACGAGUGCGCCCAGGGCGCGCCCUGCGCCCAGCUCUGCACCAACACGCCGGGCUCCUUCCUCUGCGUCUGCCGGCCGGGCUACCAGCGGGGCCCCGACGGGGCCUCCUGCCGGGACGUGGACGAGUGCCUGGGGGAGCCCUGCCAGGAGCGCUGCGUCAACCAGCCCGGCAGCUACCAGUGCCUCUGCCCGCCGGGCUGGGCGCUGGCCUCCAACGGCGUCUCCUGCCUCUCCGGCUCCAGCCCCACCACCCCCGGCAGCGCGGCCCCGUCCCUGUCCCUGCGCCCCCCAGGAGAAGAGGAGCCGGCGGCUGGGGGUGGACAUCCGCCGGACACCCACCCUACUACCGAGAGCCCAGCCCCGGGCUCUGAUCCAACCACCCGAGCCCAGCCAGGGGGAGCAGAACCGAGCACCCUCCAGCCAGCUGCCGUCAGCAGGGCGGCAGGGGUUGGGGAACCCAUGAUGAAACCCGAGGCUGACCAGGCCACCGAUGGCCCCAAACUGCUCCUGUACUAUAUCCUGGGCAGCGUGGUGGUUAUCCUGCUGCUGAUGGCUUUUGCCCUGGGCUUGCUCAUCUAUAGGAAGAGGAAAGCCAAGAAGGAAAAGAAGAAAGCCAGGAGCGCCACAGACAACUACUGCUGGGUACUUGAGCAGGCAGAGAAAAAAGCAGUAGACAAUGACUACAGGUGAAACCUCUUGAGGCCAGUUUCAUCUCAGUGGAGUCACAUCAGUGAUGAAUUCAGCCCUUGCUUGCUUUUUGCCAUGAAUCAGUUUUCUUGAUUCAGGGCUCAAUGCAGAGCCGCCUGAAGUCAGUGGAAAGACUCCCAUGGACUUCACUGGGCUAUGGAUCAAGCCCUUGAAGUGAGUAGGAAUGGCAAAGGAACAGAUUAUGGUAUCUAAAUGAAGAGUCAGGAGAUCCCAAACGUUAAUGUGGGUUCUGUAUGUAUUUGCUCUGUGGCGCUGGACAAGUAACUUCAAUUUCCUCCCUGUAAAUGGGGAAUAAUAGUGUUUACCUGCUAACCUCAUGUGGGCAUUGUGAGGACUGAUUUGUUAACACAUGUGAAAUGCUUUAAACACAGCAAGUGCUUUGUAUGUGUUGUUAUAUUCCUGUUAUGCCAGGGUUGUAUGCACAGACCUCCUCAGUGCUAAUGGGAAUUACCAGUGCUUAAAGUGCACCAGGUUUAAACACGUUACAGGCCUGGGAAACACAAUUGCUAAGAAGCCAGCCAGCUUGCUGAGAUGCUCACAUUUUUAGUACCAUCUGAGGAACGUCCUUCUCAUUGGCGGCUUUCCCGACUUGCCCACCUUUGGUGAAGAGCAGCUAAUCUGAGCAGCUGGAGGAAGCAGACCAGAGUCAUCUUCUUUUUCCCUUAGCAACCCAGUACCAAUCUCACAGGAUGCACAAGGGGAGCGGAAAGACUCCAGCAUCUCAGAACAGCUCUGAUCCUUCCUUCCUCCGCCCCUCCUGUGAGCAGUGGGACAGCUCCUCCCCAUCCCAACGCUAUCAGGCCUGGGAAGGGAUACAAGAGGCUCUCAUUGCAGAACCUCCUCCCCUUUCCUCCAGGCCUGGGAAACCAGGGUGAAGAAUUCCAGGAGAUGCAGGAGGAACAGAGGUGAGGCUGGGUGGGCAGAACUACUGGGGGCAGGUAGAUGUGGCGUGAUAAGACCCCCCCCCCACUUUUUUAGAUCCUUUUAAUGACUGGUAAUUCCAUGCGGCUGCCCACAGGUUGAAAUAAUACAUGCCCAGAAAUGUUCUCUUCUUCACAGGUAGCAGCAUCAUUGGUGCAUCAAUGUUACAUUUGUGUAUGAUGAUAUUACAGGUGUUCUCAAACAGUGUUUUCCUUUUUUUAACUUUAAUACCGUAACUAGCAUUACCUCAGUGGAUACAUUGCUCUUCUGAUGGAAGCAUGUACAAACAAAAUCCAAAUGAAAUGUGUCAUUGAUGCUUUGAAAUAAACAUGAUGUUAAUACUUA